AUGUCGUUUCCUCAGCACGAUAUUGGUGCGCAGUUUAGUUUUCCCAGGGAAGAAGAAAAGGUUAUUCAGUACUGGCGCGAGAUCGAUGCAUUUCGCACCAGUCUCAAGUUGAGCGAAGGGAAGCCGACGUAUUCGUUCUAUGAUGGACCGCCGUUUGCGACUGGUUUACCCCAUUAUGGUCAUUUGCUUGCUGGAACGGUCAAGGACAUUGUGACUCGAUAUGCUCAUGCCAAUGGCUACCAUGUCGAACGCCGGUUCGGAUGGGACACCCACGGACUCCCAGUCGAACAUGAGAUCGACAAAAAGCUAGGUAUCACCGGCAAGGAGGAUGUGAUGAAGAUGGGGAUCGACAAGUACAACGCCGAGUGCCGUGCGAUCGUCAUGCGUUACUCUUCUGAAUGGCGUGCGACGGUAGAGCGGAUGGGACGAUGGAUCGACUUUGACAACGACUACAAGACGUUGAAUAUCCAAUUCAUGGAGAGUGUGUGGUGGGCUUUCAGCGAGUUGUUUAAAAAGGGAAUGGUGUACCGCGGUCUGAGAGUUAUGCCAUAUUCGACGGGAUGUACGACGCCCUUGUCGAACUUUGAGGCUGGAUUGGACUAUAGGGAUGUGAGCGAUCCAGCUGUUACUAUUUCGUUCCCUCUCGUUGAUGACCCAUCUACUUCUCUACUCGCAUGGACAACUACACCGUGGACUUUGCCUAGCAAUCUUGCGCUCUGUGUUCACCCCGAGUUCACAUACAUCAAGAUCCAUGACCCGAAGUUUGGAAGCAACUUCAUCCUUCAUGAGAAUCUCCUGACUACCCUUUACAAAGACCCAAAGAAGGUAGACUUCAAGAAGGUCGGUCAAUUCAAAGGAUCAGAUAUGAAGGGGUGGAGGUAUACACCUCUUUUCGACUACUUCACAGAGCAGUACGAAGACCGAGCCUUCAGGGUAGUCAAUGACACCUAUGUGACGAGCGACAGUGGAACGGGUAUUGUUCACCAGGCUCCAUCUUUUGGUGAAGACGAUCACCGUAUCGCCCUUGCGCACGGAGUCGUUCGUGCUGAUGAACAACCUCCUUGCCCUAUCGACGAUGCGGGUCGCUUCACUAAAGAGGUGCCUGACUUUGCGGGUUUGUACGUCAAGGUGGCAGACAAGGAGAUCCAAAAGGUUCUGAAAGCUAAGGGACGAUUGAUUGUGCAGUCAACUAUCAUCCAUCAGUACCCCUUCUGCUGGAGAUCGCACACCCCACUUCUCUACAAGGCCAUCCCAUCUUGGUUUGUACGCGUACAGUCGGCUGUAGAUCAACUUGUGAAGAAUAAUGCCGAAACCCGAUGGGUGCCACAAACCGUUGGAGAUAACAGGUUUGGUAACUGGAUUGCUAAUGCUCGUGAUUGGAAUAUCUCCCGUAACCGUUACUGGGGCACUCCAAUCCCCCUUUGGGUCAGCGAGGACUUAGAAGAGGUCGUAGCUGUUGGCUCUGUCCAGGAACUGGAAGAGCUAUCUGGAGUCAAGGGAAUUACUGACCUACACCGCGAUAAAAUCGACCACAUCACCAUCCCAUCAAAAACUGGUAAAGGUGUAUUGAAGCGCGUAGAAGAAGUAUUUGACUGCUGGUUCGAAUCGGGAAGUAUGCCUUAUGCUCAGAUUCACUAUCCAUUUGAGAACAAGGAGAAAUUCCAAAACUCAUUCCCGGCCGACUUUGUGUCGGAGGGUAUUGACCAGACUCGUGGAUGGUUCUACACACUUCUUGUCUUAUCCACUCUUUUGUUUGGAAAGGCGCCGUGGAAGAACUUGAUUGUCACUGGAAUGGUGUUGGCUGCCGACGGCAAGAAGAUGAGCAAGAGUCUCAGAAACUUCCCUGAUCCCAGUUUGAUCGUCAAUCAAUAUGGAGCGGAUGCCACUCGAAUGUACCUUGUCAACUCACCUGUCGUACGCGCCGAGAACCUGCGUUUCCGUGAAGAGGGUGUACGAGAGGUUAUCUCGCGGGUGCUCUUGCCAUGGCUCAACUCGUAUCGGUUCUUCCUCGGCCAAGUCGCAUUGUUAAAAAAGGAGACCGGAAUUUCAUUCACGUAUGAAGCUCACAAGGAGCGAUCAAACAACGUGAUGGAUCGUUGGAUCUUGGCUAGAUGCCAGAGUCUUAUUAAACUUGUCAAAGAAGAAAUGGAGGCUUAUCGAUUGUAUACAAUCCUGCCAAGGUUGCUCGACCUGGUUGAUGAACUUACCAACUGGUAUAUUCGAUUCAACCGCAAGCGACUAAAGGGAGAAGAUGGACCUGAAGUCGCCGUGGCUGCAUUGAAUACUUUGUUCGAAACUAUCUUCACACUUUGCCGUACCAUGGCAUCAUAUACCCCGUUCAUUACCGAAAACAUCUACCAGGGAUUGCGUGACUUUAUUCCCAAGUCUGCCGAGGGAGAGGAUGAUCGCUCGAUCCACUUUAUACCAUUCCCUGAUGUCAAGGAGGAAUACUUUGACAGUGUGAUUGAACGUCAAGUCAAGCGUAUGCAAUCGGUCAUCGAGUUGACUCGCACACUCCGGGAAAGGCAUAAUCGUGCUCUCAAGACUCCUCUAAAAGAAUUAUUGGUCUUCCAUCCUGACGAGGAGUACAUCAAAGACGUACAGUCACUCCAGCGAUACAUCGAAUCCGAGCUCAAUAUCCGCGAAAUUAUCUUUACCUCUGAUGAGGCACGUACUGGAGUCAAGUACCGCGCCGUUGCCGACUGGCCUGUACUCGGACGCAAACUGCGCAAAGACAUUGGCAAGGUCAAAGCCGGGCUACCUAAUUUAACCUCGGAUGCCGUCAAAUCAUACGUACAGACGGGUGCCAUUGAUGUAGCUGGAAUAUCGCUCGUGGCUGGCGACCUUGCUGUGCAACGAUACGUAGACCUACCGGACGACGGAACGUCGGCAACGAACACAGACAACGAUGUGGUCGUAGUGCUAGAUAUUCGUAUCCAUCCUGAGCUAGAGGGCGAAGGUCUAGCACGUGAACUCGUCAAUCGUGUGCAGAAACUCAGGAAGAAGGCCGGUCUGCAAGCGGUGGACGAGGUAGAUGUAUACUAUUCUUUCGCAAAUGGAGAGGGACAGGAUAUAUUGAAGGCAAUCGGCGAGCAAGAGGAGAUGAUCAAGAAGAGUAUCAAGGGCCUACCAAAGGACGUGACUGGUCGACCGAAAGGAGUCGCCGUACUGAUCGAGGAAGAGCAGGAGAUUGGGGAGACGAAGUUCGCGCUGUCGCUUGUGCGGAACUGA